GAGAGAGAGAAAUAGAGAGGGAGAGAGAAAGAGAGAUAAUGAGGUGAACUGUAAUCAGGAUUAGGAUUGAGGACCGUGUGUAUAAAUCUCCUGUUCAGUGAAGGACAGAAGUUAAAAUCUGUUACAGAGAGAACGAGUGACAGAACAUCAUCAUCAUCUUCAUCACUGGCUGAUCAGUUAUGAGAUUCAUCAGUCUGCAGCAUCAUGUACGGAGGGAGGUGGAACCGGAGUCAGGUCACGCCCCAGCUCCGCCCCCUCCCUCUCACCACUCCCACAAUUUUGUUGAAAUAAAGAACAAAUUCUUCAAUGAGCUCGGACACCUUCCCAACCACAAGAUUAAAAUGCCCAUGUGGGCAGUUGGUGCCAUCAUAGUUGUAGCUCUCGUCCUCGUUGCCUGCUUUACUUUCUGUUUGUACAAAAAAUGUUUAGGAGGAAAGAAAAAGGCCAAGAAAGUGAGAGAGAGAAAAGGCGUGCGACGAGUGAUGAAAAAAGAGAAAGAGGGAGAGGCGGAAAAGGAGGAAGUGAAACAAGAAGAGGAAAAAGAGCAGGAAUUAUUUGGAAAACUGGAAUACAGUCUGGAUUAUAACUUCACUGAGAAUCAGCUCAUAGUUGGAGUCCUUCAGGCUCAAGACCUUCCUGCGAUGGACAUUGGUGGCACUUCGGAUCCCUACGUUAAAGUCUACAUGCUUCCUGACAAAAAGAAGAAAUUUGAGACCAAAGUUCAGAGGAAGAAUCUCUGUCCUGUUUUUAACGAAACGUUUAUUUUUAAAACCCCCUUUAAUGAUUUGGCCGGACAGACUUUGGUGCUGCAGGUUUUUGACUUUGAUCGUUUUGGGAAACACGACGUGAUUGGAGAGAUUAAAAUUCCCAUGAACAGUGUGGAUCUGGGACAACCGAUUCACGAGUGGAAAGACCUGGUGGGAGGAGAGAAAGAAGAGCAAGAGAAACUGGGUGAUAUCUGUAUCUCUCUGCGAUACGUACCAACAUCUGGGAAACUCACCGUGUGUGUGAUGGAAGCAAAGAACCUGAAGAAGAUGGAUGUUGGUGGUUUAUCAGACCCAUUUGUGAAGGUGAUUCUUCAACAUAACGGUAAACGUCUGAAGAAGAAGAAGACUACGGUGAAACAGAACACUCUGAACCCGUACUUCAAUGAGAGCUUCAGCUUCGAGAUUCCUUUUGCUCAGAUUCAGAAGGUGCAGGUUCUGAUCACAGUGUAUGAUUACGAUAAACUGGGCAGUAACGACGCCAUUGGAAAGUGCUGGAUUGGAUACGGGGCCAGUGGAGUCGGACUGCGGCAGUGGUCAGACAUGCUCGCCAACCCGAGACGUCCCAUCGCCCAGUGGCACACACUAAUGCCUGAGGAAGAAGUGGAUGCUGCACUGAAGGCGCCAAUCCGCUAAUUUUAAUAGACACACACACACACACACGUGUGUAUAUAUAUAUAUAUAUACACAGUAUUUCCACGAGGUCACCAGUAGAGGUCAUUAGUGUUUAAACUAAAUGAAAAAUCACAAGUUUUUUUAGAAUGAAAAAUGACAUCAGAUAUUUAAUGUGUAUGAACCUGUUCUCCUGCUAACGAAACUCCUACACACUGUUUACUCAGAAAGACUUUUCAUGUUCAUGAUAAAGGAGAUGUACGGACAUUCAUGCAAGUCAGGACAGAUGACAGACCGAGCAGUCGUUAGAUGUUCUAACACAGAGGAACGUAAGAUAAGGAGCUGAAACAUCUGAAGAAGAAAACUGUUCUACAAACAGCUCAAUACAACCUGUGAUGUUGAGCUGAUCGUAGAUUCAUGAAUAAAAACUGAUAUCAGCUCCAAACACAUUAAAUAACUCAAUAAUACAUCAGAUCAGAGAAUGUAUUUAUUUAUUUGU